AUACAAAAAGACUUGUUAGUUAAUGUUACCGGUACAUGUAAAUUUUAACGUGUACCUGUUAACAUUCGAGCCAACAGCUUUGUGUCAAUCGAGGGAUUGAAAAGAGUAUAAACGUCUGGAGAAGUCGAGGAAUUCGUUUGCGUCUAACUAAAGAAACGGACUGUUAGGUUCUUUUGCAUUUCUUUGAGUCUAUAAAGCAUUGUCCUCGCCGGUCACCGAGUGCAGUAACCCGCGAGCUUUGCUUUGAUAGACCGUAGAAUUUCGUCUACACGAAUUUUGUUUUUAAUAUUUCUCAUACGAAUAGAUCGGAUCGGAUUUUAACGUAGAAGUGUACGAGUGUCGAAAAGUGUAUUUGUCAAGGGGUAGCGAGGAAGUGCAUAAAAUAUUUUGCCUUUCUUUAACAAAAUAUUAAUUACUUUUCCUUCUGAAUAAUAUUUAGCUUGAUUAUUCUCGCACGAAAGGAAAGAUAGACGUUGUUCCACGUCAGUCAUGAACGCGAUCAAGAAACGAUUGCAAACACUGAAGAUUGAGAAGGAUCUCGCGAUGGACAGGGCUGAUGUGUGCGAUCAACAGGCGAAGGAGGCGAAUCGACGAGAAGAAAAGCUGAGGGACGAGGUCCGGGAACUUGCAAAGAAGCUGGUGCAGAUGGAGCGUGAUUUGGAACUGAGCAAAGCUCAAUUGAAAAAAUCGAACAGGGACCUUGAACAGAAAGAAAGAGUGUAUAUCGUGACACAGUCAGAAUUGGCGGUUUUGAAUAGAAAGAUGCAGCAAUGCUUGCAGAACUUAGAAAAGUCCGAGGAACGUCGUUUGACGGCGCAGGCAAAGCUGGCACAGGCGAUGGAAACGGCGGAGGAUGCGAAACGUAUCUGUAAAGUUUUGGAAAACAGGAGCAAACAGGACGAAGAGAGAAUGGACCAGCUGAUGGCUCAGCUGAAAGAAGCGAGACUGAUCGCUGAAGACGCUGAUACAAAGUCGGACGAGAUAUCUAGAAAAUUAGCCUUUGUAGAAGACGAAUUGGAGGCUGCUGAAGAGAGGGUGAAAUCUAGCGAAGCGAAGAUCGUGGAACGAGAGGAUGAACUCUUCAUCGUUGGUAAUAUAUUGAAAUCCUUAGAAGUAUCCGAAGAAAAGGCCAAUCAGAGGGUGGAAGAAUUCAAAGCGCAAUUGAAGGAAUUGAAGGUGAAAUUGAAAGCUGCCGAAAAGAGGGCCAUCAUCGCAGAAAAGAUGGUUAAAGUCUUUUCCAAAGAAUUGGAUGCAAGAGAAGACUUUCUGUUCAGGGAGAAAGAGAAAUACAAAUAUAUCUGCGACGACAUGGACUCCACGUUCGCCGAACUAACUGGAUAUUAGUGAAAUUCUAUUUUCUGUGUGUCCGUAUUGUACUUUUUCUAUUAAACAAUCGUAUUUGUAACAACAAUCCGUUCUCGAGUGUCUAUUGUACUCUUGUUACGUAAUCGAAUCGUGCUUGUGAAACGAUUUCGUUGCUGGUGAAACGAUUGAUUGAUCUGGUUCGAUCUUUCGUUGCCAGAGGAUGGGGCAAAAAGAAUCGUCAAAUUCUCGUCCAGUAUCUUUACAGGAUAUCGAUUUAUUUUAUCGACUCUACGAUCGACGCAAUGCUUCGAAACUUCGUAGCAUCUGUUUAACACAUCGUUUGCUCGAUGAUCGCGUGAAACAGAGAGAGAAAAAAAUACGGGAUUGUCGAUGAGGCAUUCGACGUCCCUCCACACAUGGCUACACCACCAUAGACUAGAAUCUUGCUUCACUCUCGCACAAUUCCCAUUCGCUCCAUGAGAUUUCUUCUCUUCUUUUUUCUUUGCUUUUCUUAUCUCU